AAACAACGCGCGUAGGAACAGGGUUCACUCCACCUCAUCAUCUCUCCACAAUGGCGUCCACGGCGCAGACGGUCAGAGAUCUGCUGCCAAUUCCCGACAACUUUGAGAUUGUUCAGGACCCGGACCAGGAAGAAACGGCGAAGACGUUGGCCGACGAAGCCACUGACUCCCACGCCUUGGCCGUUGCGGAUCACGAAGAGAAAGGCGUUGCUCAAAUCCCGCACGACGGCGAAGUCAGAGACUUGGGCUGGAACAAACCCGACGACAAAAUGGCCUCUCCUCUGGUUGGCGGCCUGCCAAACGAGGAGUUAUGGAUUCUGCUGCGCCGCUUCAAUAAGCAAAUGUACGAUGUGAAAGAAAUCACACGUUCGGCACCCGGUAAUCUCGACCUCAACAUUGCCGACGAAGAGGAGUUCUCUCCCGACAAGCUACGCGCGAGUGUCGAGCGAUUGUACCUGACUGUCAUCGUGGGCUUGAUGGGCGCAUGGAAGCAUAUUGCUCGUCUGCGCUCGUGGCGAGAAUCGACCAGGACUGCGGCGUUCUGUGCAGCCUACUCCGUCGCAUGGCUCCUCGACUUGAUCGUCCCGUUGAUCGCUCUGACCUUGAUUGCUCUCAUCGUCUACCCCCCUGCGCGAGACCUGCUCUUCCCGCCUGCUCCGCUUGCGCUGGUCGACUCCAAGACUGGAGGAGUCCAGAAGCCAAAGGCUGGUGUUCUUGGCUCCACCGACUCCGUCACAGGCGCGCCGGAGAGCUACAAGGGCGAGGCAGUUGAAGCAGAGGCCACGAAUUUCGUCAACAGUAUCGCUCAUGUUGCGAUUGCGAGCGCGAGCGGGAAGCAUCCCGACAACCAGCCACCUGAUGCGGAGGACGCACAGCCAGAGGUAACGAGCGACCACGUUCCGGAUCCGACGGCCCUUGCUAUGGGUGCUAGUGGUGCCAGAGCCAGCGCUGGUAGCAAGGAAGUCAGCAAGAAACACGACAAGACGAAGGUACCGAUUGAGAAUGCGAUGUGGAGUAAAAUGAGACCAGCAAUGCAUGGGAUUGCUGAUGUUUGCGAUACUUGGGAAGAGUUCGCCAAUGCUCUCUCUCCUACACCGCCAUUUCCCAAGGAGAUCUAUCGCCUCCGCAUCGCAGGCCUGGUGGUUCCCCUUUUCGCUGCUUCCAUCUUCAUCACUUCCUACAUGUUCACAAAAGCUGUCUGGUUCGGCGUCGGUUUUGGCUUCUUUGGUGACCCUGUCAUCAGCCGUGGUCUUAAUUGGCUGAACCGCAACUUCCCCCACUGGGAGAAACUGCUGGAGCUGCGCAACACCGUUCUCAAAGGCGUUCCUACGAAUGCUCAGCUCACAUUGACUCUUCUCCGCGUCGGCGAAGCCAACAAGUCACCUCUCCCACCGCCUCCGCGAGCAGGACAACCACCACCCGACGAGCCCGCCGACAUUACAGACGCACACCUCCGAAGCGUAGGCGCCGAGCCCCCGCUCAACGCAAGCGAAGCCGAACUCCAACAAGCAAUGCAGCACGACCCGACCACCGCCCACGAAACCGCCGGCCCGGACGUCGACCACGCCAAGCAAUCCAAGCACAGCUCCAAAGCGUCCAAGAUGCUCUCAGCCGUCAAAAGCAGCAUCAAAGGGAGUGUGGAAACGGCGCUCGGCGCGGAUCACUUGAAAGCAAAGGUCGGCAGCGAGCACUCGAAACGCCGGCUGGGGGUUGUGCCGCGCGAUCCGACGAAGAAUCUGUCGGGCCCGGUGGAGUUCAAGUGUCGGUAUCGCGGCAGUCGAGGGCAUGCGUAUAUUUCUGUGAUGAGCACGACGCCGUGCGUGGCGUUUUCGGUGGAGAAGUCCAUUACGACGGAUGGCGUGGCAGGGAAGGGAGACGAUCAACUGCAUCCAGUGUGGUCGGUGGCUAUUGGGGAGAUCAAAGAGCUCAAGAAAAUCGGCGGACUCGGGUGGAAGUCGAAACUCGUCGUCGGUUGGGCGCUGGAUCGUGAAGUCGCGGACGGGCUGGAGAUUGUCGACAAGAAGGACAACCACUACAUUGUCACUGCGAUGGUGCUGAGAGACGAGCUGUUCAAUCGUCUGAUCGCUAUGGUGAGUUUGUCAACGUGUCAUCUAAUAAACGCAAGUCCAGGCUAACCCGCAACUAGGGAGGGCAAAAGUGGGAAUGUUGGUGAACGCGCAAUUGAAUUUGCACUUUGGGGUCAAAGAAAUAGACAACAACGCGAGCUUGGGACAUAGACAUGCGUUCGUGAGAUACGAGCGAUGCCGAAGCAUGUCAUCCUGGCCUGCUACACAUCCGAUUCGCCUCCGAUCGCCUCCGCAGACCCAUUCCCCUCCCGCUUCUCUUCAUCCAUGACCAUCUCA